UUUUCGCUCCAAUCCAUCCAUCGCACUAAGUGACUGAGUAAUCAAUCGUGUGGCAAGCGCAUUGACGAUAGCAAGCGGAACUAUCAAGGCUUCACUGACAGCAAACUCCUCUGCAAUGCACCCAGAAUGCAGUAUGAACAUUGCAAAGUAGAAUAAUACAUUUAAAUCGUUUAUUUUUACGAUUAUAUUUAAUCGUUAUCUUUAUUGAAGAAGCCCGCCGUCGUUUUAUCAAUCUUCUGGAUAAAGAUAUUAAUCGCUGCCCAGCUUAUUUGGGUACUGUCUGCUGGCGGACUGUAUAUCCCACUUCUCUCAAGAUGCAUAUGAAUAGCUUACUAAAUCAAUGGACGGACAUUUCCAGGAUGUGCGAUGUGGACUUGUCCUCGGAGCCCACCAGCCCCACACUCCACAGCGAAUCCUCCGACAAAUACUACCAUGUGGACCGUUGGCAGAAGCUACGCACCGCCGUACGCAAGCUGGAAUUCUGGGAGAACUUCACCCAUGAGUUGAUCGGGAGUGGCUUUUUCUCCAAAGUCUACAAGGUGAUUCACAGCACCACUCGUAAGGUCAUGGUGGUGAAGAUCUAUAAGAAUGACGUGGACCAGGACAGCAUCGUACGAGAGAUCAGUCUGCUGCAGAAACUCUCCCAUCCCAACAUAGUCAGGUAUUUGGGAAUCUGUGUGAAGGAAGACAAACUGUACCCAAUUUUAGAGUACGUGAGUGGAGGCUGUCUGGAAGAGCUGCUGGCCAGGAAGGAUGUGUCCCUCUGUUGGAAGGAGAAGGUGGACCUGGCUUGUGACAUCACUAGAGGAAUGAUCUACCUGCACUAUAAGAACAUCUACCACAGAGACCUCAACUCCAAGAACUGUCUCAUUCGAGUGACGGCCCGUGGCCGAGAGGCCCUGGUGACUGAUUUUGGGCUGGCGAGGGAGGUGGUAGAACUUCCUGUCAAAGACGCAGAAAGGAAGCUAUCCCUUGUUGGCUCCGCCUUCUGGAUGGCCCCUGAGAUGCUGCGUGGAGAACCGUACGACCGCAAGGUUGACGUUUUCUCUUUUGGGAUUGUUCUGUGUGAGAUACUGGCGAGGAUUCCUGCAGACCCAGAGAUUCUUCCAAGAACUCAGGAUUAUGGGCUGGACGUGAGUGCAUUCAGGGAGCUGGUGAGAGGUUGCCCUCCGCGUGUGUUAGAACUGGCAUCCAGCUGCUGCUUGAUGGAGGCCUUUAGGAGACCUGCCUUCACAGAGCUGUUGGAUGAACUGGGGGAGAUCGCUGAGACAUUGGAAACACCCCCACAUUCAGAGCUGACCACUGGGUGAUCCAAAGUACGAUUGAUGGAUCAACUGAGCUCUGUACUGUAUAUAGACAGCUGCCCAUCAAUAGGGGCUACAAAAAACAACCAGAGACACCUACAGGACUGUCCUGUACCAGCAGGGACAGUGAUGAUUCUGCACUGUGUGCUCGGAUGGAGGAGGAGUAAAAUGCACAACUUUCACAUAGACUGCUGGAUAGACGGAUCUAGGAAGUGGUUCAUCGUAAAGAGGGAGAUGUUGGAUUCUACAGUGUUUUAUCAUGGGAGUGGUCAUCUCAACCUCUCACACACAUACCUUUCACGACUAGUUCACACACAUGGUGCACAGUUAAAAAAAAAAAAAAUCCGUAGACUACUUGCUUUAGCUUAGCAAUGCGCAGAAAUGAUCUUAAUUGUAUUUUCUUAUUUAAACUUUAUUAAUCUUCUUUAAUCUAACAUAUUGCUUGUCCACUGCUUUAUGAAAUUGGAGACCAGGCAUUGUGUUUAAUCUGAUGAUGCAGACAUUUCUGUUGAUGUGUUUCCUGCUACCUUUGUCGUCUUGUCCUGUCUUGUUUUGUUUCACGCUACCCAGACAGGCCGCAGAGACAAGUCAUGUUCACCGGCCAGGUCCCAGUCUUUUAAAUAUGAAAUUGCUUCUGUCAGUUUACGGAUUUGGGGAAUAGGCCUAUUUCUUGUUCACAGCUUCAGCGGGACUCAACAAAUGUUUGGCCAAUCACAACCACAGCCAUGGAGCUACUGAGAGAAAAAGAAGGUCAAAGUUUGCUUGCACUUCCAAUUUAUUGCAUAACUGUUGUCAAUUGAGGUAUAUUGUUUCAGAUAUUCUGGUUUUAUCUUUAUGCUUUUAGACUUGAAACUUUUGUACAUUUGUACAGUGGGUAUUGUUACAUUCGUUUAUACCAUUGUUCAUACUUUGAUGCUUUAACCAUGAUUGUGAUAACUAUAUUAUUAUUAGCUAAUGGCUUAGCUUUCAAGGGUAUCUUUUUAUUUCAUCUUCAUUGUCCACUGGAUCAUUGAAAUAUCAUUCCGAUUGUCCUUGUUUGAACUUUGUACUUUUACGUUAUGAAAUUAAGAACAUUUGUAUGGAAAAUUGAAAUAUGCCGACACCAAUAAAGUUAUAUUUGAAGAAA